CGUAUCAAUAUUGCUAAUGUAAUCGCCAAUGUUUUCAACUAUGUAAAUUCUAGGUGUCGCUUGUAUUGCCAUUGCAUCAAUAUCACCAAUGUAUCGCCAAUAUUUUCGGCUAUGUAAAUUUUAGGUAAUGCUUGUAUCAUAAGUGCAUCAACGAUAUUUCAAUAAUAUCGUCGAUAGGGCCCCAUACGGUAAAGUUAACACCCACUAAGGUGUUACCCGGGUAACAGCUAAUCUGCUCGAUGACUACGCGUGGUCAGAAAAACGGAAGUCUAAAUAACGAAAGAAAAUCUUUGGAAAGAGGGUAUUCGAAAGCCCAAGCACUCAACCGAACAUCCUUCCGUUUGAUUCCCUUGAUCGAUAGAACUGUCGGACGGUAAAAUCUAAAGUAUCAAUCAGCCCUAUGAGAAGAAGAGUCGUCUGAAUUCUCACACGCAUUGGAGCCCUAAAAAUGGAGAAGAUCGAGAUUUCCCCUUCUCACGUCCACAUGCAUCUGGAGCUCAAGAUUUCGAUUUUUUGAUUGAUUUCAACCUAAAUAGAGAGGGUCAAUGGAUCUGGCAACAGAGAAUCGGCUAGCUGCAUUACUGAUGGAAGAGGCAACAAAAUUGCGAAUGCAAGCCGAAAAAGAAGGUGUUCAUGUUUACCUCCGCCAACCCAAAGUAAGGGGUCGACCAAAUUCGCGGUUUCUUACUGCGACUGUUCUUGGGGUCCAACAAGCUAAUCGAACUGCGGAAGUCAAUGAAAUGUGGCGGGUGCGGAAGAAAGAGCUGGAGCUAGAUGAGAAGCUGAUGGGUAUAUCUAGAGAUAAGGGCAGCGAUCGGAGUAGUGGUCGCCGUACUGAUCAUCCAGAAGGAAGCUCAAGGCGCAGGGAGGGGGAUAAACAUGCUACUGACUCCUGUGGAUCAAGAAAACAGGCAAGUGAAGAUUGCAACACUGAUGAGGAUAGCGGUCUGAGGGAUGAAGAGGUUGAAGAAUUCUUGCAUUCGAGGGUGAAGAGAGGAAGAGGUGCUAUAGGUUCAAGGAUGGAUGAGCCGGGCCCGUUUCUUCCAUCUUCGUCUUCGGGUUCCAAGGGAAAGUUCUUGGCUAAUCAUGAGAUGCGGGUGGUGGAAGAAUGGGAACAGCGUGUUCUUGGGCCAGAGAAGCCGUCAUUCCUGAAAUCAUGUGAAACAGUGGAUGAAAGCAUGUUUGCUCAUAAUAGGAAGGUCCAGAAAACGGAUGUAUUGAGCUCAAAGAAGGGACACACAAAGCACAAAUCGGAGAAGGGCUCAAACAAGUUACGAGAUGAGAACAGGAAAGAAAAGAGGUCUAAGCAUCGUCAUCAUAGUCGAUGAAAACAAUUAUGUUGUAAACAGGAUGCAUCCACUGCUCGUGCAGAUGACUAUGUAAUCUUGAAACCUGAAAGGAAAUCAAUUAUCUUCAAAUAACUACUCUUCUGACU